AAUUAUCGCAGUUAUUACUAAAUUAUUGCGUACCGACCUAAUCAAAAAUUAAUUACGUUUUCGUAGUCGCUGUAAAAUGCAGCUUCACACAAUUGCCGUUUUCCUUGGAUGCGUUGUUUUUUCUCUUCAGACACAACCACAUAAAGAUGGACGUAUUAUUGGAGGUAACGUAGCUAGAGCGGGCCAAUUUCCUUUUGCUGCUGCAAUCACAGUCAAAACCAGAGACUCGAAAUUUUUCUGUGGUGGGUCCAUCCUAACUUCCAAACACAUUCUAUCAGCUGGUCAUUGUGUCAAUGGUGCGGUAGAAUUUACGGUUCAAGUCGGCUCAAAUCAUUUAGAAGGAGACGAUAAUUACCGUUACAUUGCCUCAACAAAUGAUUAUAUCUUGCAUCCUGAAUAUGAUCCUGACACCUUAGCGCAUAAUCUCGGGUUCGUAGUUUUACGAAUGGAUCUGCGAUUGAUUGUUGGUUACUUGUGGUAUGUUUCUUAUCUACCUACAACUGAUCUUGUGGACAGUGAAGCUGUCACAACACUUGGAUGGGGACAGUUAAGUGAUGAUUCAGUUGGUCCUGUGAACGACUUGCAUUAUGUUGAAGUGGUCACUUUAUCAAAUCUUGAAUGUAAAAUCAUCUACGGUGACCAGAUCACGGAGGAUAUGGUGUGUGUGGAAGGAAAUUACAACGAAGGAAGUUGCAUUGGCGAUAGUGGAGGUCCUUUGGUGCAAGAAGUACGUCUUGGGCUAAUGAAGCAAGUUGGGAUCGCAACUUUUGUUAGCAUGAACGGUUGUGAAAGUACGGACCCGUCCGGAUUCACAAGGAUAUAUCCGCAUCUAGAGUGGAUACAAAAUGUGACAAAUAGGACCUAUUAGGGGAUGAUGGAUGUGUUCUACCUCUCUUUAAAACAGUCCUAAAAUAAACUUUUUAUUGGGGGUUUUA